GCCUUUGUCCUGGUCCACACCAGCAGGUGGAGCCGCACUGAAAGUUUCCCGUCCGUUCCGCGAGCGGGAGCCCAUCUUGCUCGCCGCCGCGGCCCUCGCUGGAGGAGGAGGAGGAGGAGGGUCAGAGCUCGGGGGCAGCCAAUCGCGCGCAACGCUGCUAGUUAUCAGGGCAGAAUGGGCUGUAGUUGAGUGGAAUCGGAAAGCUGCAAAACACAGUGGAGUGCCGCCGUGUAAAUAAAAAGGGGAGGAAGGAGAAGAGAGAGGGAGAGAGAGCGAGAGAGAGAGAGAGAGGGAAAAAAAAAAAGUUUCUCAAGUCGCCGCUGCACGACGUCGGGCCGCGCCGGGGCGGGGGGUCUGCGCUCUCCGAGCGGCCGCGCGCGGGACUCUGUGCUGCCGCCAGCCCCGGCCCCAUUGUUUGUGUUUUCUACAAAAUAUGGCAAAGGUUCAGGUGAACAAUGUAGUGGUGCUGGAUAACCCGUCGCCUUUCUACAACCCGUUCCAGUUCGAGAUCACCUUCGAGUGCAUCGAGGACCUGUCUGAAGACUUGGAGUGGAAAAUCAUCUAUGUGGGCUCUGCAGAAAGUGAAGAAUACGAUCAAGUUUUAGACUCUGUUUUAGUGGGCCCCGUUCCUGCAGGAAGGCAUAUGUUUGUUUUUCAGGCUGACGCACCGAAUCCAGGGCUCAUUCCAGAUGCAGACGCAGUGGGGGUAACAGUUGUGCUAAUUACUUGCACCUAUCGAGGUCAAGAAUUUAUUAGAGUUGGCUACUAUGUAAAUAAUGAAUAUACUGAAACAGAAUUAAGGGAAAAUCCACCAGUAAAACCAGAUUUUUCUAAGCUUCAAAGAAAUAUUUUGGCAUCUAAUCCCAGAGUCACAAGGUUCCACAUUAACUGGGAAGAUAACACAGAAAAACUGGAAGAUGCAGAGAGCAGUAGUAACCCAAAUCUACAGUCCCUUCUUUCAACAGAUGCAUUACCUUCAGCAUCAAAGGGAUGGUCCACGUCAGAAAACUCAUUGAAUGUCAUGUUAGAAUCCCACAUGGACUGCAUGUGACCACGUGCCAUCCCAUUAGUACAGAUUAAGCUAUUAAAAACAGAACUAUUUCCCUGAAGUUCCGUAAGUACAUAGUCAAGGUGAAAUGUGAAGAAUUUGUUUAAAAACAUCCUGUAGAAAGUUUAUAAGAAAACCAGUAUUUGAGCAAAUUGUGGAAUAUAAAUACAACUAUUUUUAAGUACUUUUUUUCUCUAAUGUGUUAUUUUAUUUGUUCAUGAAACUAAUCUGGUUAAAGUAUAUAUAUUAUUUUCUUCUCCUUUAUAUGUAAUUAAAGCACUUAUAAAAAAAAGUUAUCAAUUAUUAGACCAGGUUGUGAAGGUGUUUUAGCCUCUUGGACAAUAAUACUUUUUACUAGCCUUUAAAAGAACAAAGUUUACUUCAACUAAAAUGCUUUUUCCUGUGAAGACAGUGUCCUUUUAAUUUAAGGAGCAAACUUCCAUUCUGCAGUGAAAAAGAUGUCUUUAAAAAGGGAAUCUGAAAUCAACUACAUCCCUCGAAGGUUUCUCUAGGCCAUCCCAGUGCAUCUUGUGGCUACCACCACAGCUUGUGUUACACUGGACUUCUGGUUUCUAUGUAAUAAAUGUGGCUGCCUUUGAGGUCCCUCUGACUACGGGUUAUGCUUCCCUACUUCUAAAACUGAGAAACCACGAUCACAAAUCAUUGUUGUCCAGAGAUCUCAACACGGCGAGAGCAAAUGCAAGGUCUACAGUGUAGGGUUAGCUCACAAUAGCUCAGAUCUGCCAAUCAGUUUACAGAAACUCGGAUUGUGCUGUUGGCACUACUGCUGUAGGGAGGUAAUUUAGAAAGGUUAUAGGCUGGCUACUUUCCCAAUACCCCAUCUCCUCUGGUUCUCAUUAAAGUGAUAAGAUCAGGGUAUAUCUGUAGUUGACAUGUUCUAGACAGCUUUUCCAAACAAUUUUUUUGAAGAACAAUUUUAGAAAGAAAUUUAUCAAAUAAAUGGGCCAAAAGCUUAUUUUCUUUAAUGAGAAAUAGGUACCUCCUCAAGGUUUUGCUCCAUUAAAUUUACAGUAGAAUAUUUUCAUUUGACUCUUGCUGAUGAUAAGCAGGAUAGCCAUAGGAUGCAAGUUAUGCAGUGCCUUCACAUCUAAGCUUUUAUACUGCACUUUUAAAAGCAUUUUGAGGAAAGGAAAAGGCAUUUGUUUAAA